CCGGAAGCGGAAGUGUCGGAGCGCGGCAUGAACGAAAGUAAACGCAAGUUCUUGUGAAAACGUGCUGAUAGUUUUUCACAAUGUCACAAACACCGAAACCAAUGCAGCAGGGCGACAGGGACAAAGAAAAGAAGAAGAAAGAGAGCAUCCUUGAUCUAUCCAAAUACCUGGACAAAACCAUCCGAGUCAAGUUCAGCGGCGGGCGAGAGGCUGCAGGGGUGCUGAAGGGGUUCGACCCACUCCUGAAUCUUGUACUGGAUGGCACGACAGAGUAUCUUCGAGAUCCGGACGAUCCAUUCAAGCUGACGGAAGACACCCGCCACCUGGGGCUGGUCGUGUGUCGAGGGACGUCCGUGGUGUUGAUAUGUCCGUCAGAGGGAAUGGAGGCCAUUGCUAACCCUUUCGUUCAGCAAGAUAGCUGAGUGUGGACCUCCCACUGGACUAUAGUAUACUGGUGCAUUGUGGCAGGGAAUCAAUUGCAGGAUGUUUUAUACUUUUCAUUGGAAAUGUGGGUUACCAUGGUAACAGAUAUUGUUUAAAGAUUCUGAAAGGAGGGACAGGCUCGGCCAUGAUGAAGCAUAUCAUGGAGACAGAUUAACUACAGUUGCUCCUCAAGCAUUGAAUGAUGGAAAGCUCUGCUGACGGGCUGCUUUUCCUUUAGAAGCUGAACUGUUUAAGAAAAUUGUUAUGGGAGUGGUGCACUUCACAGGGCGCACUUUUUUGGCUUUCAAUUAGCGUUGCGUGGAGGAUCGACUUUUGUGAACUGUACGGCUGUAAAGACUGCAGAUGGCGAUUAGUGACUUUGCCACUAGUUCAAAGCUUGUCUCUAGUAAAUAAUGUUUGGUUUAA